UAUAUGCAUUAUACUAUUCCUACUAUUGUCUUUGAAACUCUAUUAUAACUUUACGUUAUGAUAGCAGUUUGUUCUUUAUGCAAGUUCUGUCUAGUCUUCAGAAAAGGCCAUUACAGCAACCUACUGGAUGUUAUUAACUUGUUUGAAACUGGGAGUAUGUCCUUGAACCAGAGUCUGUGAUGGAUACCACUAGAGGGAUCACUGAACAAAAUGUGCUGCACCUUGGAAUGGAAUGACAUGUUUAUCCUUUCUGGGGUGGAAUGCAAUGUGCUUGUGGCAUUUACCCCAGGCUACUGUACUUUGGAGGAAAGAAUGCAUGGAAACAUGCACUGCCGGCUAUAUAACACCACUUCACAGGAACAAGUGGUAUUACUGAUGAUUUUGAAUUUUGAGUUGAUGUAAGAACCUGAUUCUCCCUGAGAGACCUUUAGAGUUAUAGGCAUGUGCAAAAAGAUCUUUUUGUAUUUUGCAGGCCUCCUCUGAAAGAUUACUGGGGUAAAAGCCUUGUGAGGAUCUCCAGAGCUGCAGGAUUUGGUGUCUCCAUCCACAUGUGCUUCUCGGUCUGUUGUUGUAGCACCUUAUUUUCUUGUUCAGCAUUUUCUUGUUUCGCUGAUGAGGAUUUAUUGGUUCAUGGAAAUUCUGUUAACAGGAAAUGAGUCCAAUUUGGCUUUGCAAAGUAGAGCAUGGGCCAAGUCCAGACUCCAUCAUUUAUUAAAUCAUUCUGUAUCAUUGUGGUAUAGGGGAAGGAUGAUGGUGCUUUGUUUUCUGAGCAGAACACUGCAGCUAGCAAGACAUUCAUCCAGUCCACUGGGGAGACAACUCUGCUCAACCAGUGCAAAGAAGCCUGUGCUGACUUUAUUCACCAAGAAACCAUGCCCUCUAUGUGAUGAAGCAAAAGAAGUUCUUGAGCCAUAUAAGAGAAGGUUUAUUUUGCAGGAGGUAGAUAUUACACUUCCAGAGAACUCAGGAUGGAAUGACAAAUACAAAUAUGACAUACCUGUUUUUCAUUUAAAUGGGAAGUUCCUAAUGAAGCAUCGAGUGGACAUUAAAAAGUUUGAGGAUCAACUUAAGAAACUGGAGUUGCAAAAAUGAUGAAAACCAGUGAAGAAAAUGCAGCUGCUUUGGUAUGGAUCUGAAAGGCCUGUGCAAAACGUACUGUGCACUGUGUGGAAAACCAAUAUGCAUUAUCUGGCCUUGUGUUUUCUGGAACAUAACAGUGUCAGUGUGCAAAAAACUUGAGUGACUUGUGUUCUAUUUUGUAUUAAUCACCCAGUCCAGCUGCACUGGUAGCUCAUUUGCUGCUCUCCUGGGCAGGCUUUGCACUGACAGAAUAAAUGCUGCUCCAUAACAACA